UGGAAACACGCUCUGACUUUUGGCGCAAGCACUGCUUUCUGCGAGAACUCCUUUUCCACUCUGAAGAACGUUUUCACCGACUACAGACAAAGCAUGCUGCACACACGCAAGGCCAAUUUGAUCAAAUUGGCAUUUGAGAAGAACUUAACAAAAAAGUUCAGGGAGGAGUGGAGUGACGCUGUCUUGCGAAGAUUCCACGCAGCUGCACAUUGUCGCCUACUGCUUUACUGAGGACACAGGAAGGACGUUUCCUGUCAUCAUGCUCGACAACAGCACAGAAGAGCAUGACGACCAUGAAGAAGACCACAGGCCUGAUCAGCGGGAGAAAGAGGAUGGUGACGAGUGUGGGGUGAUUUUGAGGACCCCGUCCCCUUUGAUGACCCCCUCCCCUUUAUGGACCCCGAUGAACACCCCAUCCCCCUUAUGCAACCAGUCCCCUUUUAGGUCUCUGUCCCCCUUAUGGAACCUUUCCCCUUUGGGGAAACGGACCCCAACUCCUUUGCGGGAACCAAUCCCCUCAUGUCACCCAUCUCCUUUAUGUGACCUGACCCCCUCACAUGACCCGACACCCCCAUAUCACCUGCCCCCUUUAUGGAUCCCGACUCUUUCACAUGACCCCUCCCCUUUAUGGGCCCUGACCCCCUCAUGUCACCCACCCCCUUUAUUGGCCCCAUCCCCCUCAUGUCACCCGCCCCCUUUAUUGGCCCCAUUCCCCUCAUGUCACCCACCUCCUUUAUUGGCCCCAUCCCCCUCAUGUCACCUGCCCCCUUUAUUGGCCCCAUUCCCCUCAUGUCACCCGCCUCCUUUGUGGGCCCCAUCCCCCUCAUGUCACCUGCCCCCUUUAUUGGCCCCAUCCCCCUCAUGUCACCCACCCCCUUUAUUGGCCCCAUUCCCCUCAUGUCACCCGCCUCCUUUAUGGGCCCCAUCCGCCUCAUGUCACCUGCCUCCUUUAUGGGCCUCAUUCGUCUCAUGUCACCUACCUCCUUCAUGGGCCCCGACCCCCUCAUGUCACCUGCCCCCUUUGAGGACCCCAAACGCCGAUAUUUUGAAACCUGUAGGCUACCAGGUGAUGAUUGUCCAGGGAUAAGGAGGAGGUGGGAUGAGGCUGACUGCAGUGAAGCCCCUCCUCGUAAAAGGCAGAAUUUGGACCCUCAUUAAGAUUCUGAGGAGGCUUCAUCAGGAGGUGCAUCCCAAUUAUUAAGUGAGCUGUAACCCUCGACACUACACUUUUAAUUAAUUAAUUAAUUAAUUAAUUAAUUAAUUAAUUAAAAGGUAAUAAUAAUUUAUGAAAA